UUCCCUCCAUCCUCCCCCACACGACUGCUUAGCACAGCGCAGCAGCAUCCUCAGCAGCAUCCACCUUAACUGUGUAGCAGUAGUCAUCCCCAGACCCCAGCACAGGCAGUGAUAAACUGAGGGACGCAUCCAAGUGAUGCCACUGCACCAACCGCAUCUCGCAACCGCGAAAACACACCGAGAAUAAAACAGUCACUUCUACAAGGAGGAAUACAAACGCAUUUGCCUCGAGACCGCAACUGCCCAUGAAGAUGUCUAACGUUGACAUAGUCUUAAAUGCCACCGAUCGGGUAGUAAAAACCGUGCCCUUCCCCCUGAGUCAUCGCCUCACAUUGAAGGAGGUGUUUGACUGUGAAGGGAAGCCCAGGGUGGACCUGCUCAAAGCCCACCUCACCAAGGAGGGCCGCGUGGAGGAGGCCGUGGCACAACGCAUCGUCAACGAGGGUGCCGCCAUCCUGCGCCAGGAGAAAACCAUGCUGGACAUAGAAGCACCAGUCACAGUGUGUGGGGACAUCCAUGGGCAGUUUUUUGACCUUAUGAAGCUGUUUGAGGUGGGUGGCUCGCCGGCUACGACGCGGUACCUCUUCUUGGGAGACUAUGUGGACCGGGGAUACUUCAGUAUCGAGUGUGUUUUGUAUCUUUGGUCGUUGAAAAUCCUCUACCCAAAGACGCUAUUUCUACUGCGAGGAAACCACGAAUGUAGACAUUUGACAGAAUACUUCACCUUCAAACAAGAAUGUAAAAUCAAGUACUCGGAGCAAGUUUAUGAUUCAUGUAUGGACGCUUUUGACUGCCUUCCCCUGGCUGCCCUCAUGAACCAGCAGUUCCUGUGUGUCCACGGAGGCCUCUCACCGGAAAUACACACCUUAGAUGACAUAAAGAAGAUAGACCGGUUCAAGGAGCCUCCAGCGUUUGGGCCCAUGUGUGACCUACUGUGGUCUGAUCCUCUGGAGGACUUUGGCAACGAGAAGACCCAGGAGUUCUUCAGCCACAACACAGUCCGAGGCUGCUCCUACUUCUACAGUUAUCCAGCUGUCUGUGAGUUCCUACAGAACAAUAACUUAUUAUCAGUCAUCCGAGCACAUGAAGCACAAGAUGCUGGCUACCGCAUGUACCGCAAGAGCCAAACCACCGGCUUCCCCUCCCUCAUCACCAUCUUCUCAGCGCCAAACUACCUUGACGUUUACAACAACAAAGCUGCAGUACUGAAGUAUGAGAACAACGUGAUGAACAUCCGGCAGUUCAACUGCUCCCCUCAUCCCUACUGGCUGCCCAACUUCAUGGACGUGUUCACCUGGUCCCUGCCCUUUGUGGGGGAGAAAGUCACAGAGAUGCUGGUGAACGUGUUGAGUAUCUGCUCUGACGACGAGCUCAUGAACGACGGGGACGACCAAGAGAUCUUAGAUGCCAACGCAGCUGCAGCUCGGAAGGAGGUGAUCAGGAACAAAAUCCGUGCCAUUGGGAAAAUGGCCACGAUGUUCAAAGUGCUUCGGGAGGAAAGUGAGAACGUGUUGACGCUGAAGGGUCUGACGCCUACUGGCAUGCUGCCCAGCGGUGUGCUCUCCGGGGGCAAACAGACCCUACAGAGUGCCACCACCGAGGCCAUUGAAGCAAUCGACACAGAAACUGAGGACGGAGAAGCCAUCCGUGGGUUCUCUCCCCAGCAUAAGAUUGCCAGCUUCGAGGAGGCCAAGGGCCUAGACCGUAUCAAUGAGCGCAUGCCUCCCCGAAGAGUCGGGGUCAACCACGUGGGACAGUCCAUGGGCAAGAUGAACAUGUCCGAGGCCAAUGGCACGGAAGACAAUGACAAUGACAACAGCAACAGCCAGUGAUGUUUCGCCCCACGGCCCGCCCCAGAGUCCAUGUGACUGCCGUGCUGUGCGCCAAGACAUCGCCAAAUCGUGAUAUCAGGCCUCAGAAUAUAGACAUAACAUAACACACCCACAGACACAACACAACAUCUGCAUCUACCGCCUGCUGCUCUUUCAUCCAAUUAGAGAAGCAAAUCAAAUGUUACAUCUCGUUCAAAUGGGUAAGGUGGUUUAUUUUUUAGACGCCAGGUCCCCACAAAGGGAAACUGAAGGGAGUGGGGCCAGAGCUUAGGACAGGACAGAGGAGAGGCCAGCUGGGCGGGAUGUAGGGGAACCUGUUGGGAUGAGGGCCAGGGGUGUGGUCCUGUGGGUGUGUUUGUUGUUCCCGCUCUCAAUCCAAUCACAGACCAAGUGGGCAGGGUUUGGAGUCCAACGCGUUCACCCAUGUCUGUUACAGUACGUCCUCAUGGGGACUGACACAAGACACUCUUGUACAGUACCCAUGUCACACACACAUUUUACUAUUUCGAAUCAGAGUUUCAUUCAAGAUCUCAUCUCAUACAGAAAUGAUAUCGCUAGUCAACAUGUUUUGCUACUAGUAUUAAUGAAUACAAAUUUAAAAAAAUACUAAAUCUUGUUUGUAAGAAAGGACAUUUGAAAAUGAAAAAUAUGUAGAUUUUACUACUUGCAAUGCGAUCUUAACUGAAAACUUUUCUUUCUUGAUUUAUUUUGUGGUAAGAUGCCAUGAGCCUGCGGGGGAAGGGGUAGGGGUGGAACAUGGGCUUGACUGUGGCCUCUCCACCAACCAAAGCCACAGUCUGUCAUGUUUAGGUGCUGCGCUCCCAGCUCGGGGUCUACCUUCUGUCACCCUCUACCUGAUUGUUUCUCACCUGCCUGUAACUAAAGAGAGAAUGCACAUAGAACGUCAAAUCUUCUGUUGCAGUAAAAAAUUAUCUAAAAUAUACACAUAUAAUGAAUUAUAAAGAUGGACAAUAACGAAGACAACGUUUUUUAACAGCAUCCACGGUAUGGAACGCAUCGAUGCAUGCAAUUAAGUUCCUUAUUGAUAUGUGAAAUUAUAAUUGUGAUGUUUCAAUAUAGUAGACUUUAAUUAUUUAUUUCAUCAAAUUUUAUUUGUAAAGUUCCCCUUUGUUUUUUAUAUAAUAAUUUUUUAUUCUUGCUUUCUUUGAUAAUUUUUUUCCCAUUUUUUUCAUCAAUAUUUUGAGUUUUUUAUAUUACUCUUGAUAUAUUUAAUUUGAUUGUUUUGCUGUACAGGCACAUAUGCUCUUUUUAAGGUGUGAAGCCUUUUUCUGUUCUGUUGGUGUACAGAAGUUGUUCAAUUGUGUGAAUGAACAUAUUACUCAGUGAAAAGCAACAUUCAGGCUGCCAAAGCAUGAUCGCAUGGUUUGUUCAAAUGUAAACAAAUUGGACACAAUGAAAAUCCUGUGUCCCACUUACUUUUAAAAGGAAAACAAUAUAUUCUCAUUAUAAUUCUUGAUGAUAUUGGUAUUAUUCUCACGAUUAAGCUUAAGGUUAUUUUUUCCUUCCACUGUUUUCUGAUACUUGUUUGGUCUAAACAUGGUUUAUUUUGAAGAAGGAAUUUCAUAGAUUUUGUGACAAUUUUUUCUUGUAAUUUUUUUUUGUUGCCAUUUGACUUCAUAAACGAUACACACAUUGUAAGCAUGCCCUAUGGGACAAAUCACGUUUUUUACUCUUGAAUAAAAUAUGCAUGAACCAAUA